UCGAACGAGACAACGAAACGAAAAACGAGAAAAUUUUGCAAGAUUUUAUUUGAUAGGAAUCGAGAAUCGGCGAAAAAAUUGGAAAAGACUAAGUUUAAGAAAUUCUGAUCGGUUUAUAUUAGCGGCAAUUUUUUAAUGAAAAUAAUAUCAUAAAGUGUGUUGAACUUUUGCACUUUACAAUGUUUUAGAAAUUAUUACCAAAUUUGGAGAAAAGUGACAUUUGGAGUAAGUUAAUGUGAUGCGAGCGCGAGCCCACACGAAACGAGGUAGAAAGCCAAUCAGCAAAUAAUAGGUAAAUGUGUAUGGAGCCGCGAAAAUUCCAAAUUUGGGAAAACUCAAAAUAGGCUUAGGACGACAAAAUAUUACAGAUUACCACAGACAAAAGCUGUUGGAGAACAUAUAAUUUUUACGUCCCUUCCGACACACGCUUAAGGUCGAAAAAGUAGUUUGCAACAUCUAAAAAUGGCUGGCAGGCAAAGACCCGGUUUUAAAUUUGUUAUCCAAAAGGAACCAGAGCCCGAAAUCAUGCCGCCACGAAAUUUAGACUCAACAGCUACAAUCAAUAUAGGUAAUCAACAAUUUGAAAUCAAUGCUGACAGCUUGGAAAAAAUUGCGGAUUUGGGACGUGGCGCUUAUGGUAUUGUGGAAAAAAUGCGGCAUGAGCAGACAGGCACAGUAAUGGCGGUGAAACGUAUAACAGCGACAGUAAACCGUAAUGAACAGAAACGCUUACUUAUGGACUUGGAUAUAUCCAUGCGUUCGAGCGACUGUCCGUACACAGUGCAUUUUUAUGGUGCACUCUUCCGGGAAGGUGACGUUUGGAUUUGCAUGGAAGUUAUGGACACGAGUUUGGAUAAAUUUUACCCUAAGGUGUUUAGAAACAAUCUGACCAUGGAAGAAAGCGUGCUGGGCAAAAUUGCCAUGUCAGUGGUGAAUGCGCUGCAUUAUCUGCAUGCACAACUAAAAGUUAUUCAUCGUGAUGUGAAACCAUCAAACAUUUUAAUCAACCGAAGUGGCGAAGUAAAGAUGUGUGAUUUCGGUAUCUCAGGUUAUCUGGUUGAUUCUGUUGCAAAAACGAUUGAUGCUGGUUGUAAACCAUACAUGGCACCUGAACGCAUCGAUCCACAGGGCAAUCCUGCUCAAUAUGAUAUACGCUCUGAUGUCUGGUCGCUAGGUAUCAGUAUGAUUGAAAUGGCAACCGGCCGAUUUCCAUAUAAUCACUGGACUACACCAUUUGAACAAUUGAAACAGGUGGUGAAUGAGAGUCCACCGCGUCUAGAACCUGGUCAAUUUUCGCCACAAUUCGAAGACUUUAUAGUUAAGUGCUUGCAGAAAAACUAUACGGCACGUCCCAAUUAUGAACAGUUGCUGAAACACGAAUUCAUUGUGGAACACAUAGAACGCGACACAGAUAUUUCCGAAUUUGUGUCCAGAAUAUUGGAUUUGCCAGAGUAAUGGGUUCGUACAUUGGCUACUUCCUUACCGAACUGUAACAUAUUAUAAUUGAAGAAAAACAAUGCAAAUAGUGGUUAAGUAAACGAUUUAUAAUAAACAGUUAACUUUCCUAAAACAAACGCUUUAAAGAAAUUUAGCGCAGUGAAUUAAAAAAUAAAAAGGCUUAAAUUACGAAAUGAAAAACCAUACUUACUAAUAAUGCCUUAAAAACGAGUGUAUCUGAUGUUACAUUAAUUAAGAAGUGAAGAUAUAAUUGUUACAUAGUAUUUUGAAAACUGUUGUCUUAUAAAGUGAAAACAAAA